AUGUGCUCAGCGACACCUAAUUUAAAUCACAACGCAUGCGCCGACCCGGAGCUGCCGUCUGGGGGAGAGCAUUUGUCACUGAAAACAAAACGGGCUCGGCGACGCUCAAAGGCGCUGGCUAAGGAAGAUUGUGAUAUAGCAGCUUCCGACAGUGGUGCGGCGGAGCGUGCGUUCGCUAUGCUGAGAGCCCGGCUGUCUGGUCAUCAGAAUACAAACGCCGAAAGGUCAGAGGAUAAAGAGGAUGGGCGGCAUCCUUUUCAUGGCUGCGUAACCGGUGGUGAGACGUCCUCUUCAUCCUCGGGAGGGCUCCCGCCUGAGAGUCUUCACUCCUCUCAUCGGGCCGCUGACGCUGCAGACAGCAACUCAGCUGACUGCGAAGUGUCAGCCUCUCCAGCAGGCGACAGUAGUGAAGAAGAAGACGAGUCGCUGCUUCAAAUAUUCUGCGUCUGUGCACCUGGGCUGGAGGGCCUUCUAACUCGCGAGCUGCUGUCGCUGCGUCUGCCGCCUCCCUCACUGCCCGCUACUGCCUUUGUCCCGUCGGGCGAUUUCAGGGCGGAUGAGAAAGCGCGACUACAAGAAGCGGCAAUGGCAGCUGCUGCUGCGGCUGCCGAUGCUGCCAACAGAAUUGUUGUCAAUGGACCUGUCGACGGGAAGUACCGCGGCUCCGGAGGCGGAGUCGAGGUCACGGGAACCUUGGAAACGCUUUGGAACAUAUGCAUGCGGAGUCGGUUGACAGAUGCAGUCCGCGUGCGAGUGGGCAGUGCUUUCCCGGCUCAGAGAGAAGCGACACUACUCCGCAGACUUUGCGCGCUUCCGUGGCAGAAGUUCGUUCCCCUCGUAGCGGAGCUGGGCGAGCCGGCUGUUUCCGUCCGUGUGCGCCGUUCCCGGCUGCACCACACGAAGAUGAUAGCGGAUAUGACUGCUGCGGCCGUCAAAGAGAACAAGAAGACGUUCAUGCAGCAGACGAAGCGAGACACUCUCCCUCCACACCUACGGGGACGAGGAGUAACGAUGGCUGGACCGCACCUACUCGUCAACAUGAGAGACGGUGUUUGCCAGGUGAGCAUCGAUGCUGGUGGAGAUGUCGGAAGAAGACCCUGGCGCGUUAGCCGUGGCCCGAUGCCCCUGAAGGAGCCAUUGGCAGCCGCAGUUGCAUACCGUACACCGUUCCUGAAUAUGCUGUAUGAGCGAAGCAGGCUUUUCGUCUGGGACCCUUUCUGCGGAACAGGACCCAUCUUGCUGGAGAUGCUCGGUAUUGCUGCGGGGCUUCCGGCAAACUCCCCUCGCCGCCGCCAUGCUUUUUUCGAUUUCCCUAUUCACUCUCCGUCGCGCUUUGCCGCCUUCCUUGACUGCAUAUCCUUGAGUCCCCACCCUAAUGUGCAGAACCUGGAGCUUUUCGGAAGUGACAUCGACCCAGACCAGGUGGAGAGGGCCCGUAAAAACGUCGAAGCUUUCCGAGAGAGGUUGCCGCGACCUACUGAUUGUCUUGUGCAAGAGGACAGAGAAGCCGAACUGCCAUGUAAAAUCAAUUUCACAGAGGGCUCUUUUCUCCAGGUCAGCAGUACCAUUCCUCCUGGAGCCCUUAUUGUCACAAAUCUCCCAUACGGUCGGAGAAGCGACAAAAAUAAUAUAGAGGGGAUAUAUAGAGAUUUCCGACGGAUGGUAGCUGCGCGUGACGACUGGGCGGCUGUUUAUGUCUUGUCGGCUUCGAAAAAAUUUAGAGCAGAGGGAUCGUUGAACUGGCGAGCAAUUUCUCGAUUUUCUAACGGAGGUAUCGAAGUCGAAUUACUGAAGUAUACUGGAAAGAAGUCAAACCCAGGUGUCGUACGUGCUGGAUGA